UACUUCUGAAAACAUUGAGUCUGCUGAACUGCGUUAUGCCAGCAAGCUAUACCAAUCGGCAUUUCACCCUGACUCAGGCGAACUUCAGAAUCUGGUUGGGCGCAUGAGCUUCCAGGUACCUGGAGGUAUGCUGCUUACUGGGGCAAUGCUUGCCUUCUACAGAUCAACACCAGCAGUAGUAUUCUGGCAGUGGGCAAACCAGUCUUUCAAUGCGCUUGUGAAUUAUACAAACCGCAAUGCUGCCUCGGACAUCAGUACCACUCAGCUUGGUCUUGCCUACACUAGUGCAACAACAGCAGCGCUAACAACAGCACUUGGAUUGAAAAAAUUUUUUGGUUCAUCCAAAAAAUUUUCUUUACUUCAGCGAUUUGUGCCCUUCAUAGCUGUGGCGGCUGCCAACAUGGUCAACAUACCGUUGAUGCGACAGAAUGAGCUCAUUUCUGGUGUUGCCUUGGUGGAUGAAAAUGGCAACCACGUUGGAUACUCUAAGGUGGGCGCUGCUAAGGGCAUCAGUGAGGUGGUGGUGUCGCGCAUCGUAAUGGCUGCGCCAGGGAUGCUGCUGCUACCGCUGUUAAUGCGUCGUGUGGAGGCGCUGCGGUGGUACAGACCUGCCGUGAACCUGCCCCUUCAGACGCUGCUCUGUGGCGCCUCCCUCACGCUCAUGGUGCCGCUUGCCUGCUCGCUCUUCGACCAGCGCUGUUCCAUUGAAGUUAGGAGCAUCGAGAAGCAUGAGCCUGGCGCAUUCAAGGUAUUGAGGGACAACCUUGGAUCUGAACGUCUUCCUCAGACCCUCUACUUCAACAAGGAGAGGAAUUCUGGUCGCGUGAGUUGGAGACAGCAGUGAGCUGACGCAGGUUGUGUAUGACCGACAACCUCGGAAGCUCGUUUGUGUCUCGCAAGAUUUGUACGUCAAGCAGUCCUCGUCCCUGCGAGUACAGCGAGC